GUUUAGUAAAGAUAUGAAAAUUUUAAUAAUAUUUUGAUAAAAUAUUUUUAAGAAUUUAAACAAGAGAAAGAGAUUUUUAUUUGUCAUUUAUUUAUUUUUGAAUUAUGUAAAAUUUACUUUUUUAAAAAACAUUAAGGAAGAAGAAAUUACUGUUAAAAAUUUAAAAGAAAGUAAGGCAUAUUUUAGAAAUAAAUAAUUAAAUAGAAGUGCCAAAGACAAUAUAAAAACGUUGAAAAACUAAUUCAUUUUGCAAAAAAAAAAAAAAAUAGGUAGAAAAUAAAUAAAAUAAUAGAUUCAAAUAUGUAAUACGAUUAUAUUAGCGAUAAUUAAUCUGUGUCAUCAAAAAGAUCAGAUGUUACACAGUCUCACUUUGGAUAUUUACCAAGUAACCACCAUGCUGUAAUUAACUAGCAUUUAGCUUUCACUGAUCCGAUUUUAUAAAAUAAUGUUAAUGAGAAACCAUUUAGACCCACUUUGAAGUAAACAAACAUGUACUUAUAAAAGUCAGUAGUUUUUGAUUUAAAUAGCCAAGAUAGAAUUAAAAAAGAAUACUAAUGGAAACCUACAAUUUAAAAAAGCUACUUAAAUAAGGAGAGUAGUAAUACAUACGACAUUUAUCCUGGUAAACCAAGACAAAACCACUAAUAAUCCAAUCCUCAUAGAAACCCAAUUUUGCAAGGAGACGAAAAGAGCUAUUAUAUUAAACAAUAAAAAGUUAGAAAAGAAUUUGCUCCAGUGAAUCAAAUAAAUAGAUUACAAUGA